UCAGCUGCUUCCAAAUUUAUUCAGCAAGGUCGGCGGCAGAAUCGAUUUUUGGAUUAGGCAUUUUGAGAAUCAUAUACAGACUUCAUCUUUUGUGUGGCGAUCAAACAAGGAAGAUGGGAAUGAUUUACUUUACAAUUUUGAUUUUGUGCGUUUCUGAAAUAGUUUCUGGGACUGUGAAUGUCACUGGAGACGGAGCCAUAAAAAGGGUGUUGAAGGAUUACAACAAAUAUGCCUACCCUGGAACAAUUGGACAUCCAACUGUGAAAAUCACACACGCCUUGAGUCCCGUAAAGAUGGAUUAUGAGCCUAAAGGAAUGUCUAUUCAGGUUUGGUCACAAUUGAACUGGAAUGACCCUAGAUUGACUUGGUCUGGACCACCAGCGAAAAUCCACCUUCCAAUGUCUCUCAUAUGGACACCAGAUCUAGUUCUAUACAACAAUGUGAUUCCAAAGCCAUCAUACGAGCCAAAUGCUGUGGUAAGUCAGAAUGGGGACGUUCUUAUCGUUCCUGUUAACCAGUAUGAAACUGACAACUGCACGAAGAAUGACGAUGUUAUCGAAUGUCAAUUUAAGUUCGGAUCCUGGACGUACAGUGGAAGUGAAAUUGAGUUGGCAGUCUUCAGUCCUCAUAUGAUGCUUGACAACUACAGGGAAAACCCCGAGUACGAGAUAGUCGGUUCAAGUGCUGUUAGGAAUGAACAGAAGUAUUCAUGUUGUCCAGAAAUGUACUAUGACAUAGUCUACACUAUACAAAUUAAACGUCGUCAGUGAAUUUAUUAAAUGUGUCAUGAUUUCAACGAUGUCGUAAUUAUAUCUUCGAACCCACAAACGUUACAUGUGUAUAUAUCAUUUGUUGCAUUGCAGGUAACGCUUAUUGAUUAUAUUAUCUUUUUUGUUCAUGUUGAAGAAAACCCUCAAAUCUUUUGAAAGUUGGUGUUUUGUAAAAAAAACAAUUUUUAGGAAAAACGUAUUUUUACUAAAUAGCGCAAACAGAAAUUAGCAAAUUCAUUUGAGCUGUGCGUUAUAUAAUUGUAAAAUCCAAUGUCUUACAAACAAGAAGUGUCUGAGGAUAAUGAACCUCCAAUGUUGUUACGCUGUAAAAAUCUAUAGCGGUUACCGAAAUUGAAUAACAAAUUGGUUUCCUUGACAACCGAUUUUGCUAAAUUUUAUCAAUACUUUUCUUAACACAUUACAUAACACUUUUUACUCUGACAAGCGGUAUUGAUCUUGUUAAAUAAUUUCUGUUUAUAUAGACUUUAUAUCUUGCUGAAUGUUUUAUUAUUAGAUAUUUGCUAUGUUUAUAAUAAAUAUUAGGUACUUGA